ACAUAACCUAACAUAUUUGAAUUUGUAAUCGUUUUGCCCAAUGGUUUUGCCUCUUUUUUUGUGUCCCUUCAGUGUAUGUUUAUGAUUUCUCACGUAUAUUGAAAAGAUAUAACAUUGAAUUUUUGUGCAUAACAAGUGUUUUUAAUUUACUACUUUGUUUCUGUACAAGUCAUAAAGAGGUAAUAGAAAUCGAUGGCUCUUUUAGACAAACUUACUAUUUCUGGUGUAAGAAGUUUCAGUCACGAUAACGAAGAAAAAAUUAAGUUUUCCACCCCCCUAACGUUAAUUCUCGGUCAAAAUGGUUGUGGGAAAACCACUAUUAUUGAAUGUGUAAAGUAUGCUUUAACAAAUGUCCUACCGGCUGGAACGGGCAGUGGAAGUGGGUUUGUAAAUGACCCACAGUUAUCCAAUAAAUCGUACGCGAAAUGUUCGAUUAAAUUACGUUUCAGAGACUCCAAGGGUGACUAUAUAACUGUCGGUAAGUUCGGCGAAGUUACUGUAACAAGAGGGUCUAUAAAGUUCAAAGGUAUCGCACCAACUAUACGUUAUGAGAAAGGAGAUGAUCCGCAACACAAAGAAGACAUUAGCGGUCGCUGUGCCGAUAUUAGUAGCUACUGCACACAGAAAUUGAAUGUACCAAAAGCAAUCCUUAACAAUGUUAUCUUUUGCCAUCAGGAAGACUCGGCUUGGCCAUUGGAUGAAGGUAAAAAGCUGAAAGAGAGAUUUGACCAGAUAUUUGGGGCUACAGAAUAUAAUAAAUGCGUCGAACGAUUUAGGAAAUUUAUCAAAGAAUUAAGGAAUGAUGUAAAAGUAGUAGAAGUAGAACUAAAGCAUAAAGAGUUGAUAAAGAACAACGCAGAAAAUUUGCAGAGCUCAUUAAAUGUGGGCAAAGAACAACUGCAAACUAUUGAGGAGACUAUAACAAAGAGAGAAGAAGAUAUAGAACCAUUGAAUCGAGAGUUUGAGAAAAUUUGUAAGAUUGAAAGGGAAUUGAGCAACCUUAGUCAGAAUUUGAAAGGUUUAGAAAAGACUUAUGAAGCUUUAGUUAAACAGCAGCAAAACUUGAGAGAAUACAUCAAAGAAGAAUUCGUAGGCUCAGAUGAAGACCUGCAAAAUAAAAUCCUAAAUUUCAAUAAAAACGAAAAGGAGACAUUGAGUCUUAUUGGUGAAAUGGAAGGCAAAAAAACGAAAAUCGAGGUCAGCUUACGCGAAGUGAGUCAAGAACUGCAAAAUUUGCAGCGAAAUUCCGGAAAAAUGAAAGCUGACGAAGAAAGACACAAGAAAACCUGUGAAGAACUGGAUAAAUCGAUCGAAAAAGGCAGAAUUAUGUUAAAAGUUCUUUCUGAUAAUGUAGAAGAACCGUCACAAUCUAUAGAAAAGCUUGAAAGCGCCUAUAAAGUAGAAAAAGAGAAUUUCGCAAAAUUGGUUGCGGCAAAAGAUAUGAACGCCAAACAACUACAAGAAAAAGUCAGCAAAAUUCGAGACAGUUUAGUGGCUGCCAAGUCAAGUUUAGCUUCAAAAAAGAAAGCUACCGGAGAGUAUGAAACUAAAAUCUCUGAAAACAAAAGCAAACUGAGUCGUUUUUCCCUUUCUCACAGCCAAAUGACCGACGUGGAUCAACAGAUUACCGAUGUCGAGUCUAGUUUAACUCAGAUCAAAUCUGAAUUCAACGAGGAAGUGUUUCAAAAUGAAUUAGAUGACAUUUCCCGCCAAAUAACCAUGAAAGAACGGGAGUUUAAACUUUUGCAGCAAAAUUAUUCUACUGAGCAGGAAAUAAAAAAAGAGUCGGCAAUGGUUCAAGAGAAACGGGCCGAGAUUGAAGAGAUCCAUCGAAACCAUAAGACCAACUUUGAGAAAUUGUUUCACAAUAAUAUUCCAAAGCGUCAUUUCCAACAGGCCAUCAAAGAAAUUCAGAGGGUUCAAGAGAGAAAGUUAAAAGAUGCGGACCGAGACAUAACAGUCCAUGACAAGCGCGUUUCUUCGUUAGAAGCAGACGUCAAAAAUACCAGAGAACUGUUAGAGAGUCAAAGAGAAGAACUGAAAACAAAAAGGAACAAAAUUGACGCCAAAUGUAAGGGUAAAAUUUUUAAUGAAGUCCUGAACCAGUCUCAUGGGAAAAAAGAGAAGCUGCAAAGAGAUAAAGGUACUUAUCGUUCAGCGAAGACGUUCUUUGACGAGUUUAUUGUGCAGUUUCAACAAGAGACUCCGUGUUGUCCAGUAUGUGAAACCGAUUUUUCUGACAAGAAGAGAAUGGUUCCUAACAUAAUUUCCAGACUUAAAAGCAGAAUUGAGGAACUACCCAGGAAACUGACUGAGGUAGAAAAUGAGUUAAGGAAAGAAGAAACGUUUUAUAACGAGCUCCAGCAACUCAAACCAGUCAGCGACGAGAUUUCUAGACUUCAAACCGACGAGAUCCCCGCUUUAGAGUCGAAGUUGGAAAAGCUAGAAGAAACUUUAAAAGAAACAACAAUGGGAUUGGUUGCUUUGAAGGAAGAAAGAAAAGAACCAGAUACCUUAGUGGAGAUUUCCAGAAGAGUUAUCACAGACGCGGCUGUUUUGGAUCGUCUCAUAUCAGACGUUGAGGCCAGCGAAAGUUCACUGGCCACCCUGAAGCGACAACUAGUACAAGUGUUUUCUAAGCGUAGCCUACACGAAGUUGAGACCGACCUGACUAACCUUAGACGCACAGAGAAGACCAAAAGGGACUUACUGAAUGAUUGCAGAGAGCAAAUACAGAAAUUCAACCAGCAAUACCAGACGUGCAUUCAGAAGAAGCUCAAAAUUCAACAAGGGAUGCAAGAGCAACCUUUGAUUCAAAACCAAAUUAAGGAAUUCAACCAGAUCAUAAUAGAUUUGGAGAUGGAAUGCAGAGAAUUGGACGAAUCGAUUCAAACUCUUGAAACGAAAUUGAGCCAGGCCGAACGUGAACGGAAUCAAACGGUUAAAGAUAAUAACAGUCAAAUUGAGAAAACUCGUGCCGAUCUCGAACAACAUAAUAUUUUAAUGACUGACAUUCGCAAGUUACAGGCUAGCGUAACCACAUUCAAAUCCAGCGAUUGUGAGUCAAAACUAAAGGAGCUACUUAAGAAUAUUGAAUCGAAUGAAUUGAACAUCACCAAGUUGCAGAAAGCCAAAAAGCUACUGGAAGAAAAAAUAGUGAGCAAAAAGGAAGAACAAGCUAGUCAAGAGACCAAGUUGAGAGAGUUGAAGGACAACUUGGAACUGAGAAAUAAACAGAAAGAAGUGGAGGAGUUGAAGAAGGAGAUAGAGAGUUUGAAUAAGCAAAUUGGGGGCUACAAUGCUAAGUCUGUUGUAGAAGAUAAAAGGAGGGUUACUGGACAGAUUGAUGCGAUUACCAGGGAGAUUAGUGAGAAGAAUGGAGAGAAAAGACAGUUAAAGGAGAAGGUUGAUGAGAUCCAGAGUAAACUGAAUUUAAAAGAACAUCGCGAAGCUGCCACCCAACACAGGAAAAAAUUCUAUCAGUGUAAAAUGAAACAACGGACGUUGAGCGACAUGGAAAAUUACACGUCCGCAUUGGAGAAUUCUUUGUUGAAGUUCCACAAGCAGAAGAUGAGGCACAUCAACAUGAGCAUAAGAGACCUCUGGAGGAACAUCUACAAGGGAAACGACAUCGACUAUAUCGAAAUUCAAGCUGAGGAUAACGUUUCAAGAAUGAGCUCCAGGAAAAGGAAUUACGAAUACAAGGUGGUCCAAGUAAAAAAAGGUGUGGCAUUGGAAAUGAGAGGUCGCUGCAGCGCCGGCCAAAAGGUCCUUGCCUGUCUGGUGAUCAGGAUGGCCUUGGCAGAGACCUUCAGCGCUAACUGCGGCAUUCUAGCCUUGGACGAGCCCACUACCAAUUUGGAUAGGGAGAACAUAGGCAGUUUGUGUGAUGCAUUGUCAAAGAUAAUCUCGACCAGAGAGAAAAAUAGCGGAUUUCAGCUACUCAUCAUCACUCACGACGAGGACUUUUUGCAGAUGUUGACGAGGAACCAGAGUGUUUCUCAUUAUUAUAAAGUUUUGAGGAAUUCAGAUGGUUAUUCUCAAAUUAAAAAGGAAAUUUUAUAAGCGUUAAAUCAGUUUUUCUUUGAGCUUUCAUUUGCAUUCCUUUUUUUAUUUUGUUAGGUUAUAAUAUUUUUUUUUUUCAUCAUGAGUAAUAGAACUUUGAUUACAGAAAUUAAAAGUAGUUGUUGCCUUUUUCCUAAGGCUGUAGGUGAAAUAAAUUUUUCUGUUAAAAAUGACUAAACUUUGUUGCUAUGGCUUAUAGGAAAGAUGAGUCUCAACCUGACAUGCUAUUUCUUUCGUCUAAAGUAAUGUAUUAAAUUAUUUAGAAGGCCUAUAAAUAUACAAUAUGUACCGGGUUUGCCUUUACAAACGGAAACACUUUUUUAUUACAUAUUGACAUUUUGAGAAAAAUGUUUUCGUCAUAAAAAAAAUUUGGCUUGUUCUAAAGUGGUUAAAAUAUCCCGUUUAAACUUUUCCAAAUAUCCAUACCGUUUUAGAGG